AUGUUCCUGGGACCCUGGCCUUUUGCUUGCCUUCUGUCCUGGUUUGUUAUUCCCAAGAGACUAUCAGGACACCAUGGCCAUGAAACCUCUAAAUUCCAGUGGUGCUUGUGCCUCCUGGCCCUACUGUCUGUCCUGCAGCAGGGCCUGGCACUCCCCUACAAGAUAGGAGUGAUGGGACCUUGGACCUGUGACCCCUUGUUCUCAAAGGCCCUGCCUGAGGUUGCUGCUGCGUUAGCAAUUGAACGAAUCACCCAGGACCCAUCCUUUGACCUGAGUUACUCUCUGGAAUAUGUGAUUCUCAACGAAGACUGCCAGACCUCAAGAGCUCUCUCCAAUUUUAUUUUCCACCACCAGAUGGCCUCCGGAUUUGUUGGACCUGCCAACCCCGGCUACUGUGAGGCAGCCUCACUCCUGGGAAACAGCUGGGACAAAGGGAUUUUCUCUUGGGCUUGUGUGAAUUAUGAAUUAGAUAAUAAAAACAGCUACCCGACCUUUUCUCGGACACUCCCUUCUCCUAUCCGGGUGCUUGUAACUGUCAUGAAGUAUUUCCAGUGGGCUCAUGCUGGGGUCAUUUCUUCAGAUGAAGAUAUUUGGGUGCAUACAGCCAACCAAGUCUCAAGUGCUCUUCGGAGCCACGGUCUACCUGUAGGGGUCGUUCUCACCACAGGACAAGACAGCCAAAGCAUUCAGAAAGCUCUCCAACGGAUUCACCAGGCAGACAGAAUUCGCAUAAUCAUCAUGUGUAUGCAUUCAGCCUUGAUCGGGGGAGAGACCCAAGCACGCCUCUUGGAAUGGGCUCAUGAUCUGAAAAUGACUGAUGGAACUUAUGUCUUUGUUCCUUAUGAUGCCCUGCUCUACAGUUUACCAUAUAAGCACACCCCCUACCAGGUCCUAAGGAAUAAUCCAAAGCUCCGGGAAGCCUAUGAUGCUGUGUUGACCAUUACACUGGAGUCCCAGGAAAAGACCUUCUAUCAAGCCUAUACAGAAGCAGCAGAUAGUGGUGAAAUUCCAAAGAAACUGGAGUCAGACCAAGUUUCACCAUUGUUCGGAACUAUCUACAAUUCAAUUUACUUUAUUGCACAAGCCAUGAAUAAGGCUAUGAAAGAAAAUGGACGGGCCAGUGCUGCCAGUCUGGUCCAGCAUUCCAGAAACAUGCAAUUCUAUGGAUUCAACCAGUUGAUAAGGACAGAUACAAAUGGAAAUGGGAUUUCUGAGUAUGUAAUCCUGGACACCAACUGGAAAGAAUGGGAACUCCAUAGCACCUACACUGUGGACAUGGAAACGGAACUUCUACGGUUCAGAGGGACCCCUAUUCACUUCCCGGGUGGCAGACCUCCUAGAGCAGAUGCAAAAUGCUGGUUUUCAGAAGGGAAGAUCUGCCGAGGAGGCAUCGACCCCACCUUAGCCAUGAUGGUCUGCCUCGGUUUGCUCUUGGCCUUGCUGUCUAUUAAUGGAUUUGCUUACUUUAUAAGGAAACGUUUAAAUAAAAUCCAGUUGAUUAAGGGACCAAACAGGAUUCUACUGACUUUGGAGGAUGUGACAUUUAUUAAUCCUCACUUUGGCAGUAAGAGAGGAAGUCGUGCCAGUGUAAGCUUCCAGAUCAUCUCAGAAGUUCAAAGUGGGAGGUCUCCAAGGCUGUCCUUUUCUUCAGGGAGUCUAACCCCAGCUACUUAUGAAAACUCCAAUAUAGCAAUUUAUGAGGGUGACUGGGUGUGGCUGAAAAAGAUCCCCCUUGGAGAUUUUGGGGACACUAAAUCCAUCAAAUCAAGUGCAAGUGACGUGUUUGAAAUGAUGAAAGACCUGCGUCAUGAGAAUGUUAACCCUUUAUUGGGCUUCUUUUAUGAUUCGGGAAUGUUUGCCAUUGUGACUGAAUUUUGUUCUCGAAGAAGCCUAGAAGACAUACUGACAAAUGAAGAUGUGAAACUUGAUUGGAUGUUUAAAUCAUCCCUCUUAUUGGACCUCAUUAAGGGCAUGAAGUACUUACACCAUAGAGAGUUUGUUCAUGGGAGGUUAAAGUCUCGGAACUGUGUGGUAGAUGGGCGUUUUGUACUAAAAGUGACAGACUAUGGCUUUAAUGAUGUCCUAGAGAUGCUAAGACUAACUGAAGAGGAGCCCUCUGCAGAAGAGUUGCUGUGGACAGCCCCUGAACUGCUGAGAGCCCCGAGAGGUACCAGGUUAGGUUCCUUUGCAGGAGAUGUCUAUAGCUUUGCCAUUAUCAUGCAAGAAGUGAUGGUCCGGGGUGCCCCAUUCUGCAUGAUGGAUCUGCCUGCUGAAGAAAUCAUAGACAGACUUCAGAAGCCUCCCCCUGUGUACAGACCAGUGGUCUCUCCUGAGCAUGCCCCUCCAGAAUGUCUCCAACUGAUGAAGCAGUGCUGGGCUGAGGCUGCAGAACAACGGCCAACUUUUGACGAAAUAUUUAACCAGUUCAAGACUUUCAAUAAAGGGAAAAAAACCAAUAUCAUUGAUUCUAUGCUCCGGAUGUUGGAGCAAUAUUCUAGCAACCUGGAGGAUUUGAUCCGGGAGCGGACAGAAGAAUUGGAAAUUGAAAAGCAGAAAACAGAAAAGCUUCUAACACAGAUGCUACCACCAUCAGUUGCUGAAUCUCUCAAAAAGGGUUGCACAGUUGAACCUGAAGGCUUUGACUUGGUCACUUUGUACUUCAGUGAUAUUGUGGGCUUCACUACUAUUUCUGCCAUGAGUGAGCCAAUUGAGGUGGUGGAUCUUUUGAAUGACCUAUACACACUCUUUGAUGCAAUCAUUGGCAGUCAUGAUGUCUACAAGGUUGAGACCAUUGGAGAUGCCUACAUGGUGGCCUCAGGCCUCCCAAAGAGGAAUGGCAGUAGACAUGCUGCUGAGAUUGCAAACAUGUCCCUGGAUAUCUUGAGCUCUGUGGGUACUUUUAAAAUGCGGCACAUGCCAGAGGUGCCUGUCCGAAUUCGAAUGGGCCUGCAUUCAGGGCCUGUUGUUGCUGGUGUGGUGGGCCUCACCAUGCCCAGAUACUGUUUGUUUGGAGACACAGUGAACACAGCUUCUCGAAUGGAAUCAACAGGAUUACCUUACCGAAUUCAUGUCAGUCUCAGCACAGUUACAAUUCUUCGAACUCUGAGUGAGGGUUAUGAAGUAGAGCUUCGAGGAAGAACAGAGCUCAAGGGCAAAGGCACUGAAGAGACCUUCUGGCUGAUUGGAAAGAAAGGUUUUACAAAGCCGCUUCCUGUGCCCCCACCAGUGGGCAAAGAUGGGCAAGUGGGCCAUGGUCUGCAACCAGCAGAGAUUGCAGCCUUCCAAAGAAGAAAAGCAGAAAAGCAGUUGGUAAGAAACAAGCCAUAA